AAGAGCACCGGAGCACCGUGGAGCUCGGCUGCCGCAAACUUUAGGCGACGACAGAAGGGCGUGGGGGACAACAGAGGCAGCAGCGCCAAGCAGGCAGGCAGGCAGCGAGCGACAGCAGAGCCAGCGAGCCCGCCCGGGACCGGCGCCCCCCAGCGCUCUCACCGGAGCCGAGGCUCACUGUGGGGAUGCGUCUGCCCUCCGUCUGCUGCCGUGCCAGCCCCGCUCGUCACUCUCGGCUCCGUGCCUUUGCAGAAUGGCUCGCUUCGCAGACGACCUCCCCGCUAUGGAGGUGGCGGGGCCGCAGGGCCCGGGCGAGGGGGUGCCCGCCAGGGGGGACCCCAAGGAGCGCAGAGGAUGUACAAACAGUCGAUCGCCCAAAGAGCCCGGACCAUGGCUCUCUACAACCCGAUCCCGGUCAAGCAGAACUGCUUCACAGUCAACAGAUCGCUCUUCAUCUUCAGCGAAGACAACAUCAUCCGCAAAUACGCCAAGAGAAUAACGGAGUGGCCUCCAUUUGAGUACAUGAUCCUGGCAACAAUCAUCGCCAACUGCAUUGUCUUGGCACUGGAGCAGCACCUGCCAGCAAGAGACAAGACCCCCAUGUCGGAGAGACUGGAUGACACGGAGCCAUACUUCAUUGGGAUCUUCUGCUUUGAGGCGGGCAUCAAGAUCACGGCGCUGGGCUUCGUCUUCCACAAAGGCUCCUACCUGCGCAACGGCUGGAACGUCAUGGACUUCGUCGUCGUGCUGACCGGGAUUCUGGCCACAGUUGGGGCAGACUUUGACCUUCGAACCCUGAGAGCCGUGAGAGUCCUGCGGCCCCUGAAGUUGGUGUCUGGAAUUCCAAGUCUGCAGGUUGUCCUCAAAUCCAUCAUGAAAGCCAUGGUGCCCCUGCUGCAGAUUGGCCUUCUGCUGUUCUUUGCCAUCGUCAUGUUUGCCAUCAUUGGCCUCGAGUUCUACAUGGGGAAGUUCCACAAGACCUGCUUCAAAAUCGAAACAGGGGAGCGUGCCGUCGACUAUCCGUGUGGGGUCGAGUACCCGGCACGCACUUGUCCGAACGGGACAGAAUGCAGGGAGUUCUGGAGUGGACCCAACUUUGGCAUCACCAACUUUGACAACAUCCUCUUUGCAGUGCUCACAGUGUUCCAGUGCAUCACCAUGGAAGGCUGGACUGAAAUUCUGUACAACGCGAAUGAUGCUGCUGGAAACACAUGGAACUGGCUCUACUUCGUGCCCCUCAUCAUCAUCGGCUCCUUCUUCAUGCUCAAUUUGGUCCUGGGAGUUCUGUCAGGAGAGUUUGCCAAAGAGCGAGAACGCGUGGAGAAGAGGCGCGAGUUUCUGAAACUCCGUCGGCAGCAGCAGAUUGAGAGGGAGCUCAAUGGCUACCUGGAGUGGAUUUGCAAAGCAGAGGAGGUGAUGCUGGCAGAAGAAGACAAAAACGCCGAAGAGAAGUCCCCUUUGGAUGUUCUGAAAAGAGCAAAGACAAAGAAGAGCAAAAAUGACCUGAUCCAUGCGGAGGAAGGAGAGGACCACUUCACUGACAUCUCGUCUGUGGGCUCCCCCUUCGCUCGUGCCAGUCUGAAGAGUGGGAAGAACGACAGCUCCUCAUACUUUCGGCGCAAGGAGAAGCGACUGCGCUUCUGCAUUCGGCGUAUGGUCAAGGCGCAAAGUUUCUACUGGAUUGUGCUCUGCCUGGUGGCGCUCAACACCCUCUGCGUGGCCAUCGUUCACUACGACCAGCCGCAGUGGCUCUCGGAUGCCCUCUAUUUCGCUGAGUUUGUCUUCCUGGGCCUCUUCCUUAGCGAGAUGGCACUGAAAAUGUACGGCCUCGGUCCUAGGAACUACUUCCACUCCUCGUUUAACUGCUUUGACUUUGGUGUCAUCGUGGGCAGCAUUUUCGAGGUCAUCUGGGCGGUGGUGAAGCCGGGAGCCUCUUUUGGAAUCAGCGUCCUCAGAGCACUGCGAUUGCUCAGGAUAUUUAAAGUGACCAAAUACUGGAAUUCUCUGAGGAACCUGGUUGUGUCACUGCUCAAUUCCAUGAAGUCCAUCAUCAGCCUCCUCUUCCUGCUCUUCCUCUUCAUCGUGGUCUUUGCCCUCCUGGGGAUGCAGCUCUUCGGAGGACAGUUCAACUUUGCAGAUGAGACGCCGACGACCAACUUUGACACGUUCCCAGCUGCCAUUCUGACUGUGUUCCAGAUCCUGACUGGUGAGGACUGGAAUGCAGUGAUGUAUCAUGGGAUUGAAUCCCAGGGUGGCGUCCAGCGAGGAAUGCUCUCAUCCAUCUACUUCAUUGUCCUGACCCUGUUUGGGAACUAUACUCUCCUCAAUGUCUUCUUGGCCAUCGCUGUGGACAACCUGGCAAAUGCGCAGGAGCUGACAAAGGAUGAAGAAGAACUUGAAGAGGCGACCAGUCAAAAACUUGCCAUUCAAAAGGCCAAAGAGGUGGCCGAUGUGAGCCCUCUGUCGGCAGCGAACAUCUCCAUCGCGGCUUUUGUAAAGCAAACUCGAGGUGCUGUUUCUCGCAGUUCGUCAAUCUCCAGCGUUAAAUCACCAAAGGAGCAGCACAAGUCCAUGAAGAUGAUGUCUGUGUGGGAGCAGCGGACCUCCAAGAUCCGACAGCAGAACCUGCGCGCCAGCUGUGAGGCGCUAUACAGCGAGCUGGAGCCGGAGGAACGUCUGCGCCUCUCCUCCAUGCUGCACAUCCGACCCGACAUGAAAACGCAUCUGGACCGCCCUCUGGUGGUGGAGCCCCGCGACGAACUGCACAACAGCGUCGACAACGAUGCUCAGCCAGCCGACCUUCCGCCUCCGCCAGACGGCCAGCAACCGGCCCCCCGCAAGCACCACCACCACCGGGACAAAAGCGGAGAUCCGCUGGCACCCGACAACACCAAUGGCAAGCACCGGUCGCACCACGGCAGGAGCAAAGAGCACGAGGGCAAAGGGGAGCGCAGCAGAAGUCGAGAAGGAGGGAAGAGGCACCACCACCAGGGGGCACCGGAGGAAGGCGGCGGCGACAAGGAGCAUCGGCGCCACCGCUCUCACCGCCACGUCAAGGAGGGCAACGGCGCCCUGAAUAACGGGGCGGCCAAGAGCGAGAAGCGCACCAGACACAACCGUUCGGGUGAAAACGGAGAGCGGCCCGAGAAGAGGCACAAGCACCGCGGCAAGGCUCUGUCAACCUACGAGGACAACUGUGACAAGGACGGAGAGCGCCGGGCAAAAGAGAGGCAAGCCAAGCCAGAGAGCGUCACCCAGGAGGGCACGGCACCGCAGCAGUUAGGGAGUCUGGAGCCAGUGGACGAGAAGCCUGAGGACUCGGACAACCAGAGUAACAUGACGGGCACGGCGGGCACCACCAAUAGCAUUGCCAUUCCGGUCACCGUCACUGCUCCGCCAGGGGAGACCACUGUCAUUGCUAUUAACAGCGUCGACUUCUCGGCUCCGCCGCCCACGGAAGAGAAGAAGAACCUGGAAGACAUGAGCAGCAAAGGGCCGCGGCACAUCCUGCCCUACAGCUCCAUGUUUGUGUUCAGCCCCACCAACCCGGUUCGAAGGCUGUGCCACUACGUCGUCAAUCUGCGCUACUUUGAGAUGUGCAUCCUGGUGGUCAUCGCGAUGAGCAGCAUCGCCCUGGCUGCAGAAGACCCUGUGCAGGCGGACACACCCAGGAACAACGUCCUUAAGUACCUGGACUACAUCUUCACUGGCGUGUUCACCUUUGAGAUGGUCAUCAAGAUGAUCGAUUUGGGUUUGCUCCUCCACCCGGGGUCGUAUUUCCGUGACCUGUGGAACAUUCUGGACUUCAUCGUGGUCAGCGGUGCUCUGGUCGCCUUUGCCUUUUCAAGCUUCAUUGGAUCGCACCAAGGCGUUACCAGAGGAAGCAAAGGCAAAGACAUCAACACCAUCAAGUCUCUGCGAGUCCUCCGCGUCCUGCGGCCCCUCAAGACCAUCAAGAGGCUCCCCAAGCUGAAGGCGGUCUUCGACUGUGUGGUGAACUCGCUCAAGAACGUCCUGAACAUCCUCAUUGUCUACAUGCUCUUCAUGUUCAUCUUCGCUGUCAUCGCAGUCCAGCUCUUCAAGGGCCGCUUUUUCUUCUGCACGGACGAGUCCAAGGAGCUGGAGAAGGACUGCAGGGGUGAAUUUCUGGAUUAUGAGAAGGGGAAUGUGGAGGCGAAGCCCCGCGAGUGGAGGAAGUACGAUUUUCACUAUGACAACGUGCUGUGGGCCCUGUUGACCCUCUUCACCGUGUCCACUGGAGAGGGCUGGCCAACGGUCUUGAAGCACUCUGUGGACGCCACCUAUGAGGAUCAGGGACCGAGUCCCGGCUAUCGCAUGGAGAUGUCCAUCUUCUAUGUGGUCUACUUUGUGGUCUUUCCCUUCUUCUUUGUCAAUAUCUUUGUGGCCCUCAUCAUCAUCACUUUUCAAGAGCAAGGAGACAAAGUGAUGUCGGAGUGCAGCUUGGAGAAGAACGAGCGAGCCUGCAUCGACUUCACCAUCGGGGCCAAACCUCUGACUCGCUUCAUGCCUCAGAACAAGCAAGCCUUCCAGUACAAGAUGUGGAAGUUCGUGGUGUCGCCCCCGUUUGAGUACUUCAUCAUGACGAUGAUCGCGCUUAACACCGUCGUGCUGAUGAUGAAGUUCCACGGAGCUCCAGAAAUCUACGAGUCCAUGCUGAAGCACCUGAACAUCGUCUUCACGGCUCUCUUCUCCCUGGAGUGUAUCCUGAAGAUCAUCGCGUUUGGUGCCCUGAACUACCUGAAGGAUGCCUGGAACGUCUUUGACUUUGUUACGGUGCUGGGAAGUAUCACGGACAUCGUGGUCACCGAAAUCAUUACAGCGAAUAAACUAAUCAACCUGAGCUUCCUGAGACUCUUCCGGGCGGCUCGCCUCAUUAAACUUCUUCGUCAAGGCUACACAAUCCGCAUUCUGCUGUGGACGUUUGUCCAGUCUUUCAAGGCCUUGCCCUACGUCUGCCUGCUCAUUGCUAUGCUCUUCUUCAUAUACGCCAUCAUUGGAAUGCAGGUCUUUGGCAACAUUGAGCUGAACGACGAGACGGCCAUUAACAGGCACAACAACUUCCGGACGUUUUUCCAGGCUCUGAUGCUGCUGUUCAGGAGCGCCACAGGUGAAGCGUGGCAUGAGAUCAUGCUGGCAUGUCUGGCCAACCGCAUGUGUGACCGGAAUUCGGGCUCACACGGCAAAGAGUGUGGCAGCGAGUUUGCUUAUUUCUACUUCGUUUCCUUCAUCUUCCUCUGCUCCUUCCUGAUGCUGAAUCUCUUUGUCGCUGUCAUCAUGGACAACUUUGAGUACCUCACGCGAGACUCGUCGAUCCUGGGACCUCACCAUCUGGACGAGUUUAUUCGGGUGUGGGCGGACUACGACCCCGCAGCCUGCGGCCGCAUUCAUUAUAAGGACAUGUACAAUUUGUUACGUGUCAUCUCGCCGCCCCUCGGCUUAGGAAAGAAGUGCCCUAACAGGGUCGCCUAUAAGCGCCUGGUAAAGAUGAACAUGCCCAUAGCGGAGGACAACUCUGUGCACUUCACGUCCACUCUGACAGCUCUCAUCCGCACCGCCCUGGAGAUCAAGCUGGCAUCAGGAGUAGCAAACCAGCAGCGUUCAGAUGCCGAACUCAGGAAGGAGAUCAGCACCGUCUGGCCAAACCUGUCUCAGAAGACGCUGGACCUGCUUGUGCCCCCUCACAGACCGAACGAGCUGACGGUGGGCAAGGUGUACGCUGCCCUGAUGAUCUUUGAUUACUACAAACAGAACCGGAGCAAGCGGGUUCAGCAGCAACAGCAGCAGCAGCAGCAGCAGGCGCCCCCCGGUGGGCUCUCGCAGAGCAAGGUUGGCGCCCUCUUCAAGCCAAUGCUGCCCUUGGCUCUGAUGCAAGUCCAGGACCCCACCCUGAAGCCCGUUGGAGCCGUCCCCCUCAACAAUGGCGGUGCGAUUCCCAGCCCACAGUCUCCUCCAGGUGCCCCGGACAGCACACAGGGGGCAGCACGCCGCAGCGCCAAGAAGCCAGUAGAGCGUGGGCGCUCGGAAGAAACGCCAGGUAGCACCAGUGCCCAGGAGUCCGUGGAGAUGAAGAAGAUGGAGCCGGGUACUAGUGGGCACCAGCAGCCAGUACUGGAGAACCAGGGCCGUGCCGCUUCGAUGCCCCGCCUCAACACGGAGAGCCAGAAGAGCAGGCCACGAGCGCCGGGGAGCUCCCUAGCCCCCAUUCCGGACUCGAGCCCCAUGAAGAGGUCCGUGUCCACCCUGACUCCGCAGCGGGCACAGGAGGUCAGCCUGAAGGACUACUCCCUGCAGCGGGCGGCACCUGACCGCGCCCACCAUCACCACCAUCACCACCGCUGCCACCGCCGGAAGGACAGAGAGAGGAAGCAGCACUCGUCAGAGAAGUCGCCGACCCGCCAGGCCAGCACGGACGCAGGUACGCCAGGUGACCCCAGUUCCUCGGCAGUCCCAGGUGGACAGAUGGCACGAGACAGGGGGCGCGAGAGGGGCCGCUCACACGAGAGGAAGCACCACUCGUGUUCAUCCGAGAAGCAGCGGUACUACUCGUGUGACCGCUACAGCAGUCGGGACUACGCCAGGCCAAAGUCCAACAACCCCAGCCGGGCGGCGUCUCCGAGUGACGGGCACGAGGCCCACCUGAACAGACAGGGCAGUGGUUCGGUUAGCGGGAGUCCCGUGAUGCUGACCUCCGGUGCCAGUACGCCCGGGCGAGGGCGCCGCCAGUUGCCGCAGACGCCCACGACCCCUCGGCCAAACGUGACCUACAGGACGGCCAACUCGUCGCCCAUCCACUUCGGCUCGUCCGGACCGCCGGUCGGCUUCUCUCCGGGCCGGCUGAGCCGAGGCCUGUCGGAGCACAACGCUCUGCUACGCGGCGGGACGGACCCUCAGAACCACGCCAGCGUCCUGGUGAACCGCAUCAGCUCGGACCCCUACCUGGGGCAGCGGGACGACUACGACAGCCUCACCGAGGACACUCUGACCUUCGAGGACGCCGUGGCCUCCAACGCGGGCCGCCACUCCCGGACGUCCUACCUGGGCCAAGGGGUCCCCAACGGCUACCACUACAGCCUGGGGGUGAACGCCGGGCCCGGGCCCGGCGGCAGGGGGCGCCACUACCGCGCCGACGCAGACGAGGAGGACUGGUGCUAGCAGAUGGCUCUCCCGCGGCAGGAGACAUUGAUGAGUUUUAUCAUCGGGGUGGGGGGCCGGGCAGUGCCCCCUUCCGCUCCCCUAGCGGGCAGAGACAGCGUCCAAAUACCAAGUGCCUAAACUACUGGGAUGUCAGCAGGGCGGCGAGGCGCGGGCUCUGGGGUCGACACGGGCACCGGCGAGUCUCGCCCGCUGACUUCCCUCGCUGUGGGCUCCAGCGAAAACCCGUGACCAAAUGUUUUGUAGAAAGCCCCUGGCAGGGUGGGUGGGUGGGGGCGUACCGAGUGCAUGCGGGGCGGGCAGGUGGGCGGCCGCCGCGCCCUUCAGUGUUUGCAUGUCCAGGACCUCGGCGCUGUGCAUGGGAGACAGCCGACCGACGACUGUUGCGCAUCCUCUUCGUAUUUUUUGAUACCGUAUUCAUCACUCGUUCAUUUUUAAGGAUCUUUGAUAAAAAAGGAAAUGGAGUUUUGUCGGAAGCUUUCUACUUCGUGAAGCCGGCGGGUCCAACCAGGCAGGGCGCCCUCGCUUUGCCGUCUGAUCCCGUUUCUCAGUUUCUCGGUUUCUCCUCACUUGUUUCUAAAGCUCCAUUUUUGUACCUGAACGACCAAUGAAAUAAAAGCGAACUUCAAACGUGA